AUGGCCCAAGCAGCACAAAAGCUUUUUGGACGCUUAGGAACUAUUGGAGUUGGACUCUCGAUUGCUGGAGGAAUCGCACAAUCCGCUUUAUAUAAUGGUUAGUUUUCAUUAUCGAAUUAUUUCGCAAUCUCUUUUUUUAGUUGAUGGUGGACAACGAGCUGUGAUCUUCGAUAGAUUCAGUGGAGUUAAAAAUGAAGUUAUUGGAGAAGGAACACAUUUCCUGAUUCCAUGGGUUCAAAAGCACAUUCUUUUCGAUAUCCGAUCAACACCAAGAGCAGUUUCAACAAUCACUGGAAGUAAAGAUUUGCAAAAUGUGAAUAUUACAUUGCGUAUUCUUCACCGACCGGAUCCAUCAAAACUUCCAAACAUUUACUUGAACAUUGGUUUGGAUUAUGCUGAACGUGUUCUUCCAUCAAUCACCAAUGAAGUUUUGAAGGCAGUUGUAGCUCAAUUCGAUGCUCAUGAAAUGAUUACACAUCGUGAGAAUGUUUCGCAACGGGUUUCUGUAGGAUUGAGAGAACGCGCUGCUCAAUUCGGUAUUCUUCUUGAUGAUAUUUCAAUUGUAAGUUUUAUUGAGAAUGGAAAAUUGGAGAAAAAAUAUUUUUUCUAGACACAUUUGAACUUCGGACGUGAAUUCACAGAAGCCGUCGAAAUGAAACAAGUCGCUCAACAAGAAGCCGAAAAAGCAAGAUAUUUGGUCGAAAAAGCUGAACAAAUGAAGAUUGCCGCGGUCACAACAGCUGAAGGAGAUGCGCAAGCCGCUAAACUUCUCAGCAAAGCUUUCGCCAGUGUUGGAGACGGUCUUGUUGAGCUCCGUAAAAUCGAAGCUGCUGAAGAAAUUGCCGAACGAAUGUCGAAGAAUAAGAAUGUUGUCUAUCUUCCAGGAAAUCAACAAACUCUUCUCAACAUUCAAUAA